AUGCGCCCUCCUGGCCCAGAAACAGCGACUCGGACGAUCUGCAAGAGCAUCGCAAAUGGGGAGUGCGAGCACGACGCAGGACCGUAUGCCUAUCAGCAACUGCAGAGUUGUCGAUUCAGCCAUACGAUCAUGGACACCGUGCGAUUGCAGGAUCUCGUCGUCUGUUAUGUACAACAGUCCCGCGAGCUCCUGCUCGAGUACGUGGCUGGUCGAGAGGUGUUUGGUGUCGCUUCGUGCAACUCUCAGGGGUGGCGGCUCUCGCUGACCGAACGCACGCUCGGUGAUGAGCGUCUGGGCGAAUUCCCUACCACUCGUACCUUGGUCGCCCGGGAUUUCUCGAUCAACGUCGCCACCAAGAAACUGGAGGAUGAGAUUGUUGCAGCAUGCAUGUAUCUGUUCACGGAGACGGAGACAUCGCCCGAUGAAUACCAGACCAUGUGCCGUGAUAAUAGGGAUGGACUCUGUCCUCUUGGACCGACCUGCCCAAAUGACUACACUCUCGUCGAGACGAUGCGUGUGCAGCGUAUCGUCGGCAAUACUCACUACAAGGAUCCUAUCGUGUACCUGUCUAUUCGUGCGAUGCGUGGAACGCUCCACUCAUGUUCGACACUCCGAUCUUUGCCGUUUGCCGCCGAGAAGAGCCUUGACGAGGCACUGCGACGGAUCGAGGAAGAAGUAGCAUUGAUGGAUGCCUCUCACCAUCAUCAUAUUACAGAAUUUGAGGCCGAUUCCGAAGAUUCGCUGAAUUGUAAGGAUCAGCAUGAAGAGGACAACACUGAGCUGCCAGCACAUGUCGGCGAGAUGGGGCCGGCCGCUGACAGCGCAUCCACGGAUGCUUCUAUUAUGAAAGACGGACAUCCCGAUGGUCAGAUGCGAGACAAGCAGAAAGCUAAAGUUGUCAAGUCUGACAAGAGCUCUACCUCUGCAUCAGUGUCUGCGGGUUCCGAUUCUUUCAGUUCAACAGACAAACAGCAGCGAAGAGCUCGCACGAAGGACACCAUUAACGAGGGCGCGCACGCCGUUGUCAUCAACGCAACCAGGACUGUCGAUGGAAUCAAUAUUCCCGGUUCUCCGAAGCUGACGGCCACGCCUGAUGCAUUGCACAGUGAGGCAUCUGUCUUUACGACCCUCAUGACGUCUAUCUGGUUUCUACCCUGGUCCUAAUUUGUUCGUACUCUAUCCGCAUCAUUGCAUAUACACACAGACAUAUUUUCGUCUCCUCAUCUGCUGUGCGCGUCGCUGAGACUGGUUCCAGUUCGCUCUUCGCUGUACCGUCUCGGCUCGUUCGCUUGUCUCUGGCCUUUCGUCACGAUCUUCGAUGAGCUGGAAGGAUUGCAGCUGGAUGCUCGUAGGGACACCAGCAUGUAUCGCUUGUAGUUUUGCUCGACCGGCUCGAAUUGACGAAUGUUGAG